GCAAUCACGCGGCCUCGCGCGCCCAUCUCCAUCUCUUUCCCCUGCUCCUCGUUCUGUGCAACCUCCAUUCAACACGGCUUCAGUUCGAGGCUGUCUCACCUCGCCGUCUCCACGUUCUCUCCUCCGUCUCUUCCCACCCCACAUAGCCAGCCAUCACUCUCGGUCCCGUGCCCACCUUUUCCUCUCGUCUCUCUCGCUUUCUUGUCGAUCCAUCCACGGCCGGCGACCGAAGGCUAGAGAGCGGCAGCAGACUGAAGUUCGCGGCGAGGUCCCGGCUGGGGUUGGACGGCAACGGCGAGGCUCCACUGCUCCAGCUAGGAGCGGACGGCAGCAGCCAACAGAGACGGCAUGGAAGAGGAGAUGGCAGGUCUGAGCCUGGGCGAUUCCGAGUUCUUCAAGAUCUUGCUCCCUGGGAUGUACGAGGAGGCACUGAGGCUGCCCGCUAAGUUCGCCCGGGACCUCGGAGCUCGCCGGGACUUGAAGCUGCGGCUUGCCGGCGGGGAGAUGAUGCCCUUGUGGGACGUGGAGGUCUUCGCCGACGAAAAGCGCGGCGACAUGUACCUCGGCCGCGGGUGGAAGAAGUUCGCCCGCGCCCACGACCUGCGAGACGGCUACUUGCUCGUCUUCCGCUACGACGACGGCGCCGCCGCGCUCACCGUCACGGUCUUCGACCGGAGCACGUGCCGCAAGCAGUACGUGCACGCCGGCGCCGCUGGCGGCGGAAAGGCCAGCCGUGGAGCCGGCGCCGGCCGACUCUCGCUGGCCAUCGCCGAGCCGUCGCAUUUCGCCGUGAGCCUGAGGCAGUGCAACCUGGGAACGAAGCAGAACCAGUACCUGAACGUGCCCGUGGAGUUCCAGGACGCGCACGGGUACGCGCGGCGGCGCCAGGUGGAGCUGCGGAUGGGCGGGCGGUCGUGGUCGGUGAACCUGAAGCGCGGCAAGCGGGUGCUCGGGGACCGCACGGCGUUCAAGUACGGGUGGCACCAGUUCUGCGUCGACAACGGCCUCGAGGUCGGCGACACCUGCUUCUUCACCGUGAUCCGCGAGGGCGCCUGCGUUGACGACGACGACGAGGAGUGGGAGGACGAGUGGGAGGACGACGAGCACGUGCUCAAGGUGGAGGUGCGCAAGAAGAACGGCAUGAUGCUCACGUAAUCUAGUGUUCUGGAAUCAUUCACCUAAUCUGGUGUGUUUGAUGGAUCGAUAUCGUGAUCAGAUGAACACCAUAAAUAAAGCUAGCAAUUAGAGUGCAUUGGCGAUCAUGGAAUCGCCAGAAUCAAAGCUGGGCAUUGGUUCAUUCAUGAAAGGCUUAAAGUGGGUGUGUUGUUCGGACUUGAGAUAGAUUGUG